CGCCGCGCGCGGCUCGGCCCGGCGCUCGGUAGCGGCAGCAGCGUGGGGCCGCCAUGCCGAAGGCGAAGGGGAAGAACCGGCGGCACAAAUACUCCUACAACGUCAAUCGCAAGCGGCUCUACCGCAGCGCCCGCCGCCGCGCCGCCCCGCGCAUCGCCUGCUCGCAUAUCCGCCAUGCCUGGGAUCCGUCCAAGUCGGUGGCGCAGAACCUGGCCGAGAUGGGCCUGGCCGAGGAUCCCAACAAGGCCGUCCCCAUCCCCAAGAAGAAGCUGCUGGGGAUGGAAGUGGAAAGCGAUGGACGGGAACAAGGAAAGAAAAUAGUGCGGAAGCCCUACGUGGUGAACGAGAUGGAAUAUGAGGCCAGUCUACCUGAGAAGAAGUCAAACACGCUCUCACGAGACCUCAUUGACUAUGUGCGGUACAUGAUACAGAACCACGGUGAGAACUACAAGGAAAUGGCUCGAGAUGAGAAGAACUACUACCAGGAUACUCCCAAGCAGAUCAAGAGAAAGAUCAACGUGUACAAGAAUUUCUAUCCUGAGGAGUACAAGGAUUUCAUUGCAUCACUCAAGCAGGAAAAGAUGGACGUGCAGUGACUGCCCUUUCCUAUCAGGUUUACCUGCAAGCACAGGCUUGACGUGACCAUUUUCUAAAUCGAGCAGGGACUGACAGACAGGUGACAGUUACUUACAGGCUCAGUGCCUUUCAAGUUGAGCUAUGCAAAGCUCUGGGGAUGGAGGAAGGACCUUUAUUAGAGGUAGUUAUAACCAGGCAUGAAAGACUUGGCUGUGGUUUGUGACAUUGGAACUGAAUGUGUUGUGCUGCUCCCUUUCUAUGUGGUCAGCCCUUCUUUUGCCUUGUUAAAAUAAAUAACUCCUUCAAGCUGG